GUGCUUCAGCGCCCGGGAAGGGGAGUCUCCGGAGCGAGGGGGAGAAGGUUUUUCUCAACACCCUAGCCUCCCACCAUGUCCGACCCCAUCACUCUAAAUGUUGGAGGAAAGCUAUAUACUACUUCCCUGUCGACCCUCACCAGUUUUCCCAACUCCAUGCUGGGAGCCAUGUUCAGUGGCAAGAUGCCUACCAAGAAAGACAACCAGGGCAACUGCUUCAUUGACCGCGAUGGCAAGGUCUUCCGCCACAUCCUGAACUUCUUGAGGACUUCUCAUCUGGACCUUCCUGAGGAUUUCCAAGAGAUGGGGCUGCUCCGGAGAGAAGCAGACUUCUAUCAAGUGCAACCUUUGAUUGAAGCCCUUCAGGAAAAGGAGGUGGAGAUGUCCAAGGCGGAGAAGAACGCCAUGCUUAAUAUCACCCUGAACAAACACGUGCAGAACAUCCACUUCACCGUCCGGGAGGCACCGCAGAUCUACAGCUUGUCUUCUUCUGACAUGGAGGUCUUCAAUGCCAACAUAUUCAGCACGUCGAGCCUUUUCCUGAAGCUCUUGGGCUCCAAGCUCUACUACUGCUUCAACGGCAACCUGUCUUCCAUCUCCAGCUUCUUGCAAGACCCAAACCACCUCACUUUGGAUUGGGUGGCCAGCGUGGACGGCUUGCCCGAGGAAGAGUACACCAAGCAGAAUUUAAAGAGACUGUGGGUAGUGCCGGCCAACAAGCAGAUUAACAGCUUCCAGGUGUUUGUGGAGGAGGUAUUGAAAAUUGCGCUCAGUGAUGGCUUUUGUGUGGAUUCUUCCCACCCACACCUCUCUGAUUUUAUGAAUAAUAAGAUUAUUCGAUUAAUACGGUACAGGUAGAAUGGCCCAGCUUCCAGCACAUAUGCAGUCUACGAGAUAACACAAGGUCAGCGGAGUGUUUCUCUUAAAGCACCAGCUAAGAAACACUCUCCAGCAGUGUGAUACAGAAUCAUACACUAAUAUGUAUUAAUCACUAAGCAGGAGUUGAUUUUUUCCCCCUAUAAUGUAGCCUCUCUCUGUAUACCCUUUCAGAAUAUAUGUGUUCUCUAGUCAGAGGAAGCAUUCUUCUUCAGGUUUGUCAGGGUAUUGCUAAUGUAUUACCAGGGAUGGAAGGUCUCUUGAUAUUCUUCAGAGGAGACAGCUGAUGGUCUUUAGGGCUGGGGAAAAGUCAUGUCGAACUCUCCCCAUGGGUUACCUUCCCAUCUCUACCAUUGGCCAGGACCUCAGUUAACUCAUCUGUGCUAAGGGAUAAUGCCAUGUUGGUGGGGUGGGGGUGGAAGGGAAGUGUGAAGCUUGUAAAAGCUAUUCACUGCUCUAGGAUCCUGGGAUCUAAGCCAGCUUGUCUCAUCCACAGCAAGUGAAUUUCUGCAGCCCCAGAGUUAUUUACAUAGAAGGCCAAACAUGUUUGGCUUCAUUGGAGCUGUGUUGUGUUCAUGGAGAUUUUCUUUUCUGCUUCAGCAGUAAUCUCCAGGGAAGGUGGGGAGAGGUGGGAAGAGACUGCAGAGGCAAGUUAGAGCAGAAAACAAUCCAUAAGAGAGACUUGAGUUUUGUUCUAAGCUUGGCCACUGUUUAGAAAGUGGGCUUUAGUCACUGAGUGUAAGACUAUUGAUUAAGAGUGCCUGGACCUUUAGGGAGAGGAGAUGCUCUAUCAUCACAGUGUUGUUACCAGAUUCCAUGAUCCUUGGUCCCAAUGAAGAGGGUGAUUUAACAGACGACUAGCACUUUAUCUAUACAUCUAAAUCAAUGUCAUCCCUUCAUGGCAGUCAUCUAGGGAGCCACAUGUUUCUGCCAACCACAUAGCCUUUGCUCAAGGCUUUUUCUGGGCUCCUCUUUCAGAAUGUCCUUAAUCAAGCAGAAGUGGGAACAAGGGGUGGAAAUUACAGAGGGUGGGGUGGAAAUUUCAGUCUAGGAUGAGGAAGACUUUCUUAACAAUUGGAGCUUUGUGAAAAUGAAUGUGUUGUCUUAGUACAGAGGGAAUUCUCUGUCACUGGAAGUGAUGACAUAGUUCCUAGAAACAUAGAAUCCCAAAGUUGGCAAGAACAUCAGAGGCCAUCUAGCCCAAAUCACACUUGAAUAAGAACCUCCACUACCCUAUGUCCAAAGGGUGGUUAUCCAGCCUUUGUUUAAAGACCUCCAGUGAUAGGGAAAUCACUGUCUUGCAAGGCAGUCCAUUCCAAUUCAGUACAACUCCAAUGGUUAGGAAGUUUUUUCCUCACACUGAGCUUGAAUGAGCUCCAUUUUAAUUUUCACCCAUUGGUCUUAAUUCUGAGACCAAGCAGAACAAAUAUAGUCCUUCUUUCAUAUGCUGACCCAUCAGAUACUUGACAAUGGCUAACAUAUUUCCCCUAAGUCUUCUUUAGAGUAAAUGUCCCCUGUCCCUCUAAUCAAUGAUUGUGUGGCAUGAUCUCCAGUCCCCUUGACUUCCUCUUUGCUAUCCUUGGAUGUAUCCUAGUUGCCACUGCUCCCCCUAAAAAUGGCAUUGAACAAAAUACUCCAUAUGGGGUCUGAUGUGUCAUAGGUAGGACUAUGGUUUCCUUCACUGGACAUUCCAUUUCUUUGUGCUAAUAGGGCCAUGCUCCCUCUCUUAUCUCACCAAUGCUACUAGGUGGCAGAACUGGUAAUCAGUAUCAGAUUGUCAAUGUCCUUCCUCGAAUGUGGUACCCAGAACUGAACACAAUGCUCUAGAAGAUGACUGACCAGGGUAGAAUACUGUGGGACUUAUCACCUUCCUCCUUCUGGAAACUAUGCUUCUGUGAACACAGCCUGAUAUCAUGUUUGUCGGGUGUACCGUUCUCUAACAUAUUGGAAAGUCAGUCCUGCUGUUUCACAGUCACACCUGGGACACACAUUGUUUGGGUCAGGUACAGGUCAAGAAAGCCAGGGGCGAGGGCACCCUCCUGGCUCUGCAGAAUCCAGCCGGUGAUGAGUGGUGCACAUCUCCAUGCUGCACCCUAUGAGAUGCCACUGGGCCAGCAGCCUUAGGACCCCCGAUGGUCCUCUUAUUUUUGUCAAGGCUCACUCAGCUGAGCUGCAAAAACUCAAACUUGGAUCAUUCCUCUCCAUGACAACAAAGCACGGGAAUCCGAGAUGCUUAACUUGCUACUGGCUAGUGCUGGGCAAGCUAAUGGCUCCGUGGGCCCCUGGAGAAACCUAUAUAGCUACCUUCUCUGUGGGGCACUGGGCAAGUAUAGCUUUCUUUAUGCAAUAAAUUGUAUGGCUUUAAUGCAGCAC